AUGGAGGAAGCCAAGAAACUCAAAACAGUGACAUGCUAUGAUGAAGAGUGUGACCAGUUUAGCAAUCUCUCAGACGAAUUGGUAUGUCAUGUUCUAUCUUUUCUCCCAACAAAAGCAGCAUACAGAUCAAGUGUUUUAUCUAAAAGAUGGGCAUCGAUCUGCACCACAAUCCUUGACCUUAACUUUGAAAUACCAGAAGUUACAGAUUCGUCCAGUGAAAUUAAAUCCGUAUAUGCAGCUCUUCUAAGACGCACCGAAAAUAUAAGAAAACUACGUCUACGUAAUUAUGAUGGUUGUAAACCAUGUGACGUACACUUGUGGGUUUCAAAGGCAUUGGAUCUCAAGGUACAGGAACUUCACUUGGAGUUUGGGAGCAGACCUAACCCUAUAUUGCCGCUAAGGCUAUUUAGAUCCGAGUCACUCGUGGUCUUAAAAUUACGUGGUCAUAUUGAAUUUCAACCAACACUUGAUUCUUCUUUUGAUAUACAUUUACCGUCACUAAAGAUUCUUCAUCUCGAUUUAUUUAGGCUUGAUUUUAAUGAGGAUCGUAGUGAGUAUGAUCUUAUUGAAUUACUAUCUGGUUGCCCACGUCUUGAGGAAUUUCUUUUUCAUGGCUACUUGGAACAACCUAUCAAUAUCUCUUUUCCCUUAUUAAAAAGGUUAGACCUCAAUUUAUGGAGGUUUUCUGAUAGUGUUUCUCCCAUUGGACCCUUGCAAAUUAAUAUCCAGUCAUCGCUUGAAGCUUUGGAUUUUACUGAUUUUUCUCACAAAGAAUACGAGUUUAUAAACUUGUCCAAUGUUGAUCGAGCUACUCUUAGCAUUAUAAAGUAUGUAGAUUUUAACAGUUUACAUAAACUCUUGAAAGGACUUUCUUAUGUCAAAUCAUUGACCCUCACUUCUGAAACAAUUAAGUUUUUAAGCAUGGAGGACAAACUUCACAACUUAAGUUUCCUUACUUUUCAUAAAUUAUUAUCUUUAUCGGUUGGAAUAUCUGAGAAUUGCAAUUGGAAUUUGCUUGUUGGCUUUCUUCAAAAUGCUCCUAACCUUAAAGAUCUUAUCAUUGAGCCAGAACGUUCUCAAAAUGUUCUUUCUGAUUUGCCUGGCUUUGAAAGCACUGUUGUUUUGCUUGCGCAUGAGAUAACCAGCUGUAAUGAGCUGUAUAACUUUGUGCCCACUUCUGAUGAUGUCAUGUCCUUUUGCUUUAGUGAUGUCAUGCUUAAGUAA